ACAACUGUUCCAUGAAAUAUAUCCGACGCUUAUUUACUGGGUUACCACUUCGUAUUCAUACCUUGAAAGUUAACUUAACUUAGACUCGUUUUUUUAACACUUGGAUUUUUUUUAUUGCGCGUUAAACACCGCGCUUCUGUUUCUAUCCGCUUUAAGGUGCGCAUUGUAGGCUAUUGGUCUCUGAACUGACGCUAUCAUAUCUACAGGAUUUUGAACUGUCAGCAAUUCAGUAAAAUCCGAGUGCUCAACUACUGGUACUACUGGGACUAUCAGCAGACUCACGUCGGUGAACUUGAGUAAGAUGGCUAUAAGAAUGGACAUACUAGACCAGUGGCUAUGGAAGCAAGAAUACUGGCUGCCACCAGGCAUCAGCUGGGAGGACAUGAGGAAGAUGGAGAGGACUCACUGCCCUCUUCCCAGAGACCUGCUCCUCUCUCUACCCAUUGCCUUUGCAUUUAUCGGCCUUCGGUACAUUUUUGAGAGGUGUGUAGCAGUGCCCUUUAGUAGGUACCUUGGAGUUCGGGAUCGGAUAAGGGUACCCGUCUUACCUUCUCCAAAACUGGAGGCUUUCUACAUACAGCACCGACCUCAGGAACCAUCCCAGAGUGAGAUGAUUACACUGGCGAAGCAGAGUGGUUUUACGAAGAAACAAGUUGAAGUCUGGUUCCGUCACCGCCGACAUUUGGACCGUCCAAGCAGUACCACAAAAUUCUGUGAGGCUUGCUGGAGGUUUGUCUUCUACAUGGUGUUGUUCUCUUUUGGACUUCUGUCUUUGGUUAAUGCGCCCUGGUUCUGGGACCAGAGGGAGUGCUGGAAGGCUUACCCACUACAGCCUGUGGAGCAAGCUCACUUCUGGUACUACCUCAUUGAGCUGGGCUUCUACUGGUCUCUUCUGCUCUGUGUGUCCGUGGAUGUCAAACGCAAAGACUUUAAAGAGCAGAUUGUUCAUCACAUUGCCACCAUUUUCCUGCUUGGCUUUUCCUACUGCUCCAACUACAUCCGUGUUGGUACACUGGUCAUGCUUGUCCAUGACUCAUCUGAUUUCCUGCUGGAGUCUGCCAAGAUGUUCAACUAUGCAGGAUGGAAGAAGACGUGCGAUUCCCUGUUUGUCAUUUUCGCAGUUGUGUUCCUUGUCACACGGCUUGUGGUAUUUCCCAGCAAAAUAAUUCAUACAACCCUAAUAUUGUCCAUGGAAGUCUUUCAGCCUUUUAUGGGUUAUUACUUUUUUAAUGUCCUGCUGUUAGUUCUCCAAGCACUACACAUCUUCUGGGCUUGGCUGAUUUUACGAAUGGUCUAUAAAUUUCUCUUUUUGGGGAAGCUGGACAAAGAUGAACGCAGCGAUGAUGACAGUCUAGAAGAUGAAGAGGACGGUGAGGAAGAGCGGUCCUCGUGGAAAAAAAGAGAAGAGGUCCUGAACUCCAAACUGGCAAGUUUAACCAGCAGCUGUGUGCUGAACAACCUCAAACAUCAGAGAGCCAACUCAUCUUCCAGACUGCCCAAGUCCAGAUGAACCUCUCCAGGCUCUAACUGACAUAAUGGAGAGCGUUUCUGGAAGUGAAUCUGAACAGUGCAGACUGAGGAUUUUACACUAAUUCCCUGACUAAUGACACUAAAUAAAUGAGGUGUAUAACAUGUCUUUCACCCCUCCAUGAAGGCAUUGCAGUAAUGGUAAGGAUAGACCAUGUGUGCCAAACACUUGAUUUUUAAAGGAUACAUUAAUGUUAAAACAUAGAGUGAACCACAGGAUAUUAUGUUUUUGUGAUGUAGAUUUUUAGAUAUGUACACUAUAUUUUUUAAUGUUUUCUCAAGUGUAUCAAAAUGAAUUGAUUUCUUACAUGUCUGUAUUUCCAACUUUGUGGUGGUUAUACAAGUUGACAUUACAGUGUAGUAAGUUUGCGUGUGUGUUAAGUUAGUUAUCAAAUACCACGCAAACGUACUACACUGUAAUGUCAACUUGUAUAACCACCACUAAUUACUGGUAAUCAUAGUCUUGAAAUUGGUGUUUGGACCAGUCUAGUUGCAUUUGGACAUGGUCAGCAACAUGGUCAGUCUGUCUGCAUCUUCUGCCCUAUGGGACUGCUGACAGAGCGUGCAUAUUAUGGGCGUUCUGUACAAGUGGAGUUCAUGUUUCAAUUUUAUUUGCCACAUGGGAACUGAAACUUGGAAGCCUGAAGUGUUAGUGUCUCCUGAUAUAAAACACUUCAUCUUAAUUUCUCCACGUUUUGGUUGUUCAUGUUAAGGAUAUUACAAAGCAUCACUGCUAAGCAUGUAUGGGCUGUCAUAUCAGCCCAUAUUUCCAUGCCCAUCUUUUCACCAGUUUUGAAUGGAACCAAAUAUGCAUCAUCAAGGGUUGCAUGCAUAACUGAACUGUAGAAUGACACGCUGACUGACUUACAAAAAUUUCAGCUAUUUUUGGUGGAGCGUGAAGCAGAACGGAGACAGUUGGUGGAACCUACCAGUGUGUGACGUUAAAUCUAUCUGAUACGAAUAAUGAUUUAUAUAUUGUAUGAUGCACUCCUAGAUUUUAAGAAAAGCACAAGAUCAAAAUAUGUGACCAAAAAUUAUGUUGAGAUCUCUGCUAUCUAACAAUGGUGCAUCUUGAGGAAAUUGUCUUACCAUGGAAAUUGCCUUUCUUGCACAUCAUCUUCACCUGUUUGUCAUUACCUGAUUAGACAAUGAUAACUAUAUUUUUGACCUAAUACUUUGAGAUUUUACUACUUUAAAUCACAUAAUCUCUAACAUUCUCUUUGAAUGACAAUGCCAUGCACAAGUAAAAAUGCUGUGGUGACAUUGUGAAUAGUCUCUCCCCCACCACCAACCAUCUAAACAAAUGAGAUAAUCUCCUGUCUGUUGGUUCCUCUUUCCAGAGAUAUGUGAUGUCCAGUUCCACGAUCUUCCCAGACCCAUAGUGUUGUGUGUUUGAUGACUUGAAUUUAGUCACGAUAAG